AUGUCGUUCUCGACGUUCUCCAUCCACACCCUGGCUGAUGCGCCCUCUGCUGGCGCGCCAAAGCUCUUGCGCGCCAAAUCCGGAGCCCCUAAGACUGCGAAGGGCGGUCUCAACCCGCUCAGCCUCAAUUCUAAGGUGCUGCUAAAUCAACUCGACCUUAAUGACGACCAGAGAAAGAGGAUAAACGAACUUUACGCGUUGCAUGAUCGAUCUCCGGGGGAAUCAUCUCUUGUGGACCACAUUUUCGAUGACAAGGACCCCGUUGACCAAGCGCUCGCAAUGGACAUCCUGGAGAACGAGAAGUUGGACGAGGCAGCUUGCGCAGACCUCGGGAAUCGAUGGUCCCAGACUUGGAGCAACAAGACGGGCACCGUUGUCAAGACGCGCCGCGUUCUAUACCAAUGCACCUCGGGGUAUGAUCAUACGCGACGAUCGAAGAAGGACGCGCAGAAUGCUGCCCGCAAAGUUGCCAUGCCGUUCACUGGAUGUCUCGCCCAUGCGGAGCUGACCAUCCGCGCGCACAAGACGCCAGAAGAACGAAUCCUACGCAUUCGCGGUCAACUGCAGCACAGCGAGGACUGCCAGAACGCGCGGAUAGAGAACUUACCCGUCUUCCCACUCCAUCCUGAAGUCUUUGACUUCGCGUUGAAGCAGCUGAAGGACGGCGCAACUAUUGCAGACGUCAGACGCAAAAACCGGGAGAUGUUCGCGCAGAAAUCUUACCCCAGUUUCCCCAAAAACUUGAAGGAGUCUUGCUUUCGUUGGAUUUUCACAUCGAAUGACUCGCGGUCCCUGCACCGAAAGCAUCAUCUCCAAAACGGCGUUGCUUUGCGGGACAUACCGGAGAUCCAAAUUGACGACUGGCUCAAUCCCGACUCGCUCGCGUAUAAUCCCACAUUGGCAAAAGCCGUAUUUCACUAUUCGGCCCGAGCUGAAAGGAACGAGCGCUUCGAAGUCUGUGUGGCGACCGAGGAGAUGGAUGCGGCUGCUUGGAAGCACGGACAUCGAAAGCAGAUUAUUCUGGACGGCACAUUCGGGGUGUGUGACAAGCGGCUGUUACUCUUCAUUGCCAUGGUCGUCGAUGAACAGAAGAAGGGAAUACCUGUGGCUUUCUUGAUGUUCUCAGCACCAACCGGCAAUAAGCAAUCUUCAUCGGGUUAUGACACCGAAAUUCUUACCAAACUCCUCACCAAAUGGCAGGACUCUCUCAACCGCAACAAGAACAAGCCGUCAGGUGCUACAUCAUUCAACCCGGUAUCCGCGAUUACAGACACAGACCUUAAAGAGCGCGCUGCUCUAGCUCUUGUUUUCCUCGGAAUCAUCCUUCUUAUCUGCCGAUUCCAUCUCCGGCAGUCUUGGCGAAAUCAUCGAAACAAGGUGCUGAAAGGGAAGACUGCGGUGCUGAUGGAUCUGAAGUCGAGAAUGAGAGUUCUCGAGACUGCGCUGCCGAAAACGGAGAAGAUCGAAGACGCCCGUCAGCUAAUCGAGGAUGAGCGGGGACGACUGAUGCUUGAAGCGACGGCGGACCCAUCCAGCGCGCGUGCCAUUCAGAAAGCAAUUACACACCUCGAUUAUCUGAAUGGGUACUGGAUGACUGAAGCGUUGUGGAAGAGUUGGUCGAAUCACAAUCGGUUGCUUGUGGCAGGAAUGCUUGGAUGCGGCAUUGAAGGCGUCAUUCCUACCACCAAUCACUUGGAAUCGUUCAACGGCGUCUUGAAGAAGACUCACCUCAAGCACUGGCAGAACGGAGGACGUCGUUUGCGCAUAGAUGUCCUUCUGAACGCCCUCGUUUGCUUCAUCUUGCCAUCCAUCUUCGAAGAACGUCGAUUGUACCUGGAGCAGAGCAGUCGCCUAUCCGCCAUGAUUGCUCUGCUCCCCGGCGGCGCCGAUCUCUUGAAUAAGAAGCAAAUGAGCUCGGUUGAGGUCGUCUCGGAAAGACCGAAAGUGGCGUACCUCAAUCCCGACUCUGGCCGCGACUCCCGAGCAAGUAGGCUGCUCGAGGCCCGCCAAAUCAGCGUCCCCGAGAUGAUGCCGGGCAACAUGGGGUUACUCUUCACCUGCUAUUCCUCUCAGGCUCUCUCCUCCGAAGCAAACCCCAUCACCUACAAUAUCCGAGCGGGCUUUAACGGUGUCGUAACUUGCACUUGCAUGGACUUCGUUCAGGAAGGAGGUGCCUGUAAACACAUUCGUGCCGCGCUCUUGAGGGCCAAGGAGAUCUGUUUAGCGGACGGACAACCUCUCCCCGGAAUCCCGAUCCCUAAGUCCGUGGAGGAUGCCCUCGCUCUUCAAAAGAGUCAGAUACUUACCAUACGGCUUCGGUUACCAAGUACGCGAGCGGCCGAGGUUGUCGAAAGGUUGGAGCAGGAGGGCAGAGCGGAGGAUGAGGCGGAUGGAGCGACCAACGCCGUCGAUGAUCAUGCCGAUGAAGAUGAUGAUGCGUCCAGUGUUGCUACGGACGCAUCCUCAGACUCCGAGCUUGACUUGAGCGAAGAUCCGAUCGACGAGAGGCAGAUGAUUCAAGCGACGCAGAAUACCACGGCUUUGAGCGCACAGGCAACGGCGAAGUCGUUGUUUCAAUUCGAUGCAUUGGUCGGCGGCGAGUUAUCUCAGUGGAGGAAGGCAUUGGGCGGUAUUACCACGGGUGUCAGCGAAGCGCAAACUGACAUGAUCCGUCGUGGAAGAGCCGAACUUCUCGCGCUCGCCGACGAGCUGUCCAGAAUCGAGUCGCUGCCGAGAGUGGCGGAGACCGACGCACAGGUCUUUGUUCGGCCCGCCACCCCGCCCCCGCCCUCGUCGAGCGCCCCUCUCAAACGCGGAUCCAAGCGGAAAGCGUCGGAAAUGGAGCGGACAAUCUAUCCGGUGUCUCCCGAAGCUAAGCAGAAGCGAAAACAGUCUUAUGCAUCCAUCAUAUCCAUCAAUCACAUGGCUACCUCUGUUCUCACCACCAUCGCCAUAAUGAGCAUCCUGCGCUCUUUCGUCGCCACGGAUCUGUUCAAGUUCAACAACAUAAAUCUCGACUUUUUCACCCAGACGUACAGCAACUCCUUCUAUCUCGGCUACCUCUCGCGAUGGCCGGAUCUCUGCAGUAUACAGACGGCACCCAGUGGAAGGCCUAUGGGCUACAUCCUCGGAAAAGCAGAAGGCCACAGCACAGAAUGGCACGGGCACAUCACGGUGCUCACGGUCGCGCCGGAAUACCGCCGGCUCGGGCUCGCGAGUAAGCUCAUUGCGCUGCUGGAGCAGGUGUCGAACGAUACAUACCGGGGCUACUUCGUCGACCUGUACGUCCGGUGCACGAACGACGUGGCGAUCCCGAUGUACGAGGGCCUGGGGUACAGCGUGUAUCGGCGCGUGCGGGAGUACUACGACAGCCUCGGCGGGAAUCGCGGCCGGGAUGAGGAGGAUGCGUUUGACAUGCGGAAACCGCUUGCCAGAGAUGUGGGACGCAGGUCAGUCCGGGCCAAUGGGAGGGAGACACUCGUUAGUCGGUAUGAGGUGUCUUGAGCGCGUGCAGGCGGUUUGGCUGCGAUUGCAAUGGAUGGCUUCUCCGUAUCCUUCUCUGGAAUCGGGUCUGCAUCCGCUGCUCACGAGGUCUGUCUCAUCUGUUUUAGUGUGAACCCUCGGCGGCCCUUGUCUCUACUUUCAUCACGCGAUAGCAUCCCUGCCUUCAUCUCGG